AUGACAUCGUCGUUCUAUUUCCUUGAAAGGCGCCGCUCGGGGCAGUUUCUGUGGGUUCAUGCGGUACUACAGCUCAAGGACAACUUGGAGAACUCACAGCGACCUGUCAUUGUGUGCACUAAUCAGGUGUUAAGCGAACAAGAAGCAGCGGUGAUGAAAGCUAAUCCGUGGCUUUACCACUACUACGCAGUACAAUCUAAACUGCACUAUGGAUUGGCGUAUGAAGCUGCUACGAGAAUGUACGGGCCACCACCGCCAGACAUACAAGUCUACCCUCCAGCAAUGCAGUACACGCCAACUCCUCCUGUCUGCAUCAAUGGAACCCAACCUGUUAUGAUGCCCAAUCCUGGCAUACAACCUCAUAUACCCCAUGUCCCGCCACACUUAGCACCCAUGCACUACGCCUACGAAAGGACCGACAACGGACCUGUCGAUUAUUCAGUCUCGCUGCAGGAAAAUAGAUACCACAAUUUACGGAUAGAGGAUACGAGGAUCCAGCCUAAUGCUAAGCGGAAAGGGAAAAGUAUAGACGAUAAAUCAAACACACCAAUAACAAAUAUGUCACCACGUUGUACACCUUCAACCGUCACAUCAGGUGGCGACACAUUAGUAGCAGUUUCAGCGGGAUCCAUUGCCAGUAGAAGACCGGGAUCCAAAAAUUUUAACAUAACUGAAACAGAAAUGGUUGACCAAUGGAAUCCAAGUCCUACGUGGUCAGAAUCAGCACUACAAAAAGUGCCUGACGUCUGUCACCAAGAUCUAAGUCCUUACGUGACGACGACGCCUCCUACGCCGUCCGGGACACCUACAGCCUACACCCACAACUAUAGUCACACCUUCGUAUUCGACUGGUCACCAGAGCAAUAUGUUCCUCAUACUAACAAUAGAUGUAACACAAUAACCACAGAAAGUUCCUAUCAACAAACGUGGAAUAGGAGCCAAAGGACAACGUUCGCUAAUAGCGCCGAGAACUCGGUAGAUGAAAACUCCAAUCCUAAUAGAUUAAGUUUACCAAUGAGGGUCAGUAAUCCACCGCCAGCGUAUAAUGCAUCUAGGGAAGACGUACUUAGAAGGCAAAUUGAUCGACCACAUUCAGAUUCACCGGAUGCCAAAAAGCCUGCGUUAUAACUUUAGUAUAAUUCCAUGUAUUUUUUUUAAAUAGUUAAAUAAUUUGUUACCCUGUAAUAAUAAAUUUUAUUAAUUAUAGAAAAAGCUCUGGAACUCUCCUGUGAUCUUUGUGUAUAAUUAUUUUUUGUAUAAUUAUUUGUACAUAGGUACGUAUUGUCCGGUAUCAUAGAUUCUGUACAAAGUAAUGGUAUUCUAGAAAUUAAUUCCUUUUCACAUGCAAUGUGAUUUGUUUGUGUGUAUACGAAAUGUAUAAUUUCUUGUAAAUAUUUAUAGGUAAUGUACCUAGAACCAAUACUAGUUCAUGCUUUGGUAUAUCGAUGCCGUCCAUUUUCCUAGCUCCUUUUAUUCCCAGUGCUAUUCAUAAAUUAUGCGCAAACGCAAUAUUGCUUCUGGUACCGUUCAAACUGGAGGUUGCAAAUCCCUAUUGAAUAAAACAAUAGCUAGUCUGGUUUUAGCUCGUCGCUCUAAUUUCUCUUUCUGCCUUUGAAUAUAAAAAAGUAACGAACGCAAACUUUGUAUCAGAGACAGUCAUUACUUAUAGCUUGUUUGUUGCCAUUUUGCUCCAACAAAACAUUUAAAAAUUGAUGAGUUUGAAAAAAAUACAUUAAAAUUAUUUUUUAACAAUUUAAUCUAUUUCAUUUCCCUGUUUGUUUCUUCUCCGAAUAAGAAAUUUCGUAAUAUAUUUAUCUAAUUCCGUCUAUUGUCGGAGUAUAGGUAGAAUUAAGAAUAUUGUACAAAAUAGUCAUAAGUUUGUAAAAUAUAAAACAGGAACAACUAUUUGUAACGGGAGAAGUACCUAGAAUUAAUUUAUGAUCACUAUUUUGUUGCGUUUUACGAAGUAAAGAUUAUUAAGACCUUCGA